AUGAUUCGACGUGAGCACCUCUUCUUUUUAUUGUCACUUUUUGUGUGGAUUUCUUUCGCCGAUAGACAGGCAAAGAAGGAAGUAAUAUUCAACACCAUAGAAUGCAUGAUUCGAAGUAAAAUCUUAUCGAAAUUAAAUUGUCGACUGGAAACGCGUAUGGCAUUAAGCGUAGCUGCGACCGUUAAUCAUAUUAAAGCAGUUGAUAAAUUAGAAGCAGUUUUCGAUGCGAAGCUCAUUCCCAAUGGACAAAAACCUAUUCCGAUUAAAAACAUCAAAGUGGAUUAUUGUCACCUGAAAAAGUACAUUACAAAUCGGUCCGUGAUGGCAACGUACUACAAGGCAUUUCGGAGGGCAGCAGUUAAUUUUCCCAACAAGUGUCCCUUUCUCAAAAACACAACUUACUUACUAAAGCGACUGCAUUUUGAGUGGCAAGAAACUCCGCAAUAUCUACCAGAGUCGAACAUUACUCUUAGUGGAAAGAUUUAUGCAAAUAACGAGCUAGGAUUUGAGGUCAAACUCACCGGAGGCUUCUAUGAAAUUAAAAAUUAUUCACUAUAUACGCAGCCCCUACCUUAA